AUGACUGCCGACGACAUCAACGGUAGCUCCAGCGGCGGAUCCUCCUCAUCCGACGUGGCCGCUCCUUGCGUCAGCGACGCCGUCGCGUGGAUCCGCGCGAACCGCGAAUGGCUGCUGGACACGUGGCAGCUGCACGGAGCGGUGCUGCUGCGCGGCUUGCCUCUCGAGUCGCCAGGUGACUUUAACGAGGUCGUGGAGGCCUUCGGAUUGGACGAGCUGCCUUACGUGGGCGGCGCGGCGCCAAGAACGAAGGUCGCCCCGCGUGUGUUCACAGCAAACGAGUCGCCUCCGGAUCAGAAAAUUCCCUUUCACCACGAGAUGGCACAGCUGAGAGCCAAGGGGCUGCUGUAUGUGCGUGUUUUACCAGAGGUGGACGAUCCGAGCAGUGCCAUUGGGAGGGGAUGGAAGUCCACUUUCCUGACAGACAACAAGGAGGAAGCUGAAUCGAAGGCGGCAAAGCUAGGAGUGAAGCUGGAGUGGCAGGCGGAUGGCAGCGUUCGGACUGUUUCCGGGCCUAUCCCGGCGCUUAGGGUGGACACCAGGCCUCUACCGAGCCUCUCCACCAAACAUCAUGCCGCACAGGAUGAGGUUCAGGAUGAACAGGUUCGGACAGGAGAGGCUCGGGAGGAAGAGGUUCGGGAGGCAUGGUUCAACAGCAUGGUAGCAGCCUACACGGGAUGGAAGGACGUGCGUAACGAUCCCACCAAGGCGGUAACAUUUGGUGAUGGGGAGGCGUUACCGGGGGAGGCUGUACUGGCGGUGGAGGAGGAGAUGGAACGGUUGGCAGUGGCCGUGCCAUGGCGACGUGGCGACGUGCUAUUGGUGGAUAACCUCACUGUGCAGCACUCCCGGAGGUCCCCUUACGGCUUGCGCUCACACGCUUUGGAGACGGAGAGGCGUUACUGGGGGAAGGAGGCUGUAUUGGCAGUGGAGGAGGAAAUGGAACGGCUGGCAGUGGCAGUGCCAUGGCGACGUGCUAUUGGUGGAUAA